AUGAACCCUCAGAAAUCAAAGAAGAAACGCAUCCGGAACUGGACCGAGCAAGACCGGGCUGUCCAUCGGGAGUUUGAGAAAUCGCGUCGCGAGGCCUUCAGUGAGCGGUUGACGGAGUUAACGAGGCUACUGCCUACGCUCAAGGUCGAACAGCGUCCCUCGAAGCACAUCAUUGUCGACGCAAGCAUCUCUUAUCACCGAGCCCAAGAAGACAGGCAUCGUCAAGCUACUCAUGCACUCCAGGCCCUGGUGGCUGAGCGAGAUGAUCUUCUUCGGGAGGUGAACGGCCUUCGGGCCCUGUGCCAGCCUGGCAUUUCCACCCCGCGCCAAGCAAGACCCAUAGACCCUGGGGUCCUCGAGAUGCUGGCAGACAGCCAGGAAAUGUCUACCAGUCUGUCUGGGGAUUCUGGCAACCAUGACUCCAUGGAAGAUUACUCGAAUAUUUCUUCUCAAGAAGCUCAUACCUCCUUGGAGGUCAGUCACUCGGCAAGGGCUCCGACCGCCACGCUGCCGCAAGGAUCUCCGACACACAUGGUGUCUAGCGCUACAGCUAUUUCGAAUGAGAUACCCCAUCCACCUGCUCUUUCUGCUGCCACGGAAGCCCAUCCGAUACCAUUGCCAGUCCAUAAUUUGGUCGAGAGUGAUUUCGUCGGCUGGGGACAUCCCAUCCCGUUCGACUCCAACCUGAUCAAUGACACUCUUCCGUGGACUCAGCCCCCUGAUAUCUCCACUGCUACACCCCCAAAGGAUACGGGAGUGGGGUAUGAUACCAAUGUGUCGCAUCUUGUCGACGAUGCCGCGCUCUUCUGGCAUCAACAUCCCGGUAUUUUGAACACACCUCCAAGAGAAGACGGAUUGCAUUUUGACUCGAACUCAAAUAUUCCUGAUCCUUCUUCUAUCCUUUGGGGUCAUCAACCCGGUAUCCUGAGUACCACCUUGUCGUCAAAUAAUCAUCAGAUCGCCGCUCACGAAACCAUCCAACAACCCGCCAAUUCAUUUGUUUCCAAUUCAGAGAAUUCAUCAUUAUCAACGAGAGUUGUUCACAAUGAUCGUGCAAUAGACCCAUCUGCAUCGCUGUGCUAG